CCGGGCACUGAUAUUGAUCGAAUGUUACAUUUUCUUCACAUUUUUUACAUAUUCUGGAACUGUUCAUUGCGGUUGAACUUAUUUCUAUAUUGCAAAAUAUAUUUUUACAUCUGUAUGCAAAGUUUUUCUACAAACUUCCAUCCAGGCAUUUAGCAGAUAAAUGAACACUUCAAAGGACACAUUGGAUGAUGAUCAAGAUCCAGAUUAUGCAGGUUUGGUGCCAAAUGAUCAAUCGCAGCAACAGGCUUUCGAAGAAAAUGCUCGCGCAAACACAGCGAGGAAGAUAAACGCGAUCGUCGAGAAAGAAUUUUCGAAGGAGAUCGACACGAAGGAGAAAGAAGUCCUUCAAAUUCAAGAUCGUCUCGACGACGCGCUGAAGACUCUACACCUUUUGCGAUAUGCAAUCGUCACCGAUUUCUACAAUCGCAAGCAAUGUCAGGUGCCGGAAGUUGGCGAGUCGAAGCAGACUCGAAUUCAUCCAGCAGUGAAGAGACUCAUUGGAAAAUCUCCUCGCGUCACAAGAACUCAGUUUAUAAAUGUCGCGAUACCCUCCACAUCUAAAGAUCCUCGUUUCCUGGAUCCAGAAACAACUCCCUCAACCUCGAAGUCUGGUUGCGAAUUUUCCGAAUGCGAGAACAAGAAUGUGAAUUCUGAAAAGAAUUCGAAGGAGCAAACUGCAAAGCGACCACACCCUGACACCAGCGGACGAGAACCACCAAAGAAAGUUCCUCGUUAUGUUCCCCCAAAAAGUGCCAUUCCGGAACCACCGUGUCCAUCGAGAGGCGUUCACCAUAAAGUGAGAAAACGAAUUGUUGUGGGAAAUAUUUCAAAGUGGAUUCCACCGGAUUGGAGAGAAGAUGCGGCUAGUCACAAGUGGACCAUGUAUGUGAGAGGAAGUAAAGGAGAUGCUGAUAUUGGCGACUUUGUUGCUAAAGUUAGAUUUUUUCUACAUCCGAGUUAUCGGCCGAACGAUGUCGUGGAGGUCACAUCUCCACCAUUUCACUUAUCAAGACGAGGAUGGGGCGAAUUUCCUUUACGAGUGCAAUUGCAUUUUAAAAAUGCUUUGAACAAACCGAUGGAUAUAAUUCAUCACUUGAAACUCGAUCGCACAUAUACUGGUCUUCAAACAUUAGGUUCCGAAACAUUAGUUGACGUAUGGAUUCAAGUAAGCGAACCUCGCUCGCUUCCAGAAUUCAUUCCUGACUCCUCGAAAAGCAAAAAGACUGAUUUAAUUGAGUCAAUUGGCGUUCCUGCAAAAAAAUCGGAUUCAACCCGAGAAAUACAGCAAAUUUCGAGACUCGAUGAUAGCCCAUUAACAAAUUUAAACAUAAAACAAGAGCCUGAUAUUUUGGAAGGGGAAGAGGAAAUUUCUCAUUCAAAGUCUUACGUACUGAUGGAUCAUGACUAUUGUUACACCUCUUCCAAAUAUCUUAUCAUAGAAAACAAUAAAACAAUCGCCCAUUUACCAAACGGUUCGACAGAAUCUACUUUGAAAAAUGGUCCAAUUUCAAUGCUAGGAAAUGUGAAAAAUCAGCAUUUAAAUGGAUUAGAAAAUAAUUCAAGCGAAGCUCAUUUAAAUACGAACAAAAUUAAUAUGCAAGAAUUUGCAACUACUAUGAAAGACUCUCCGGGAAAAAUGCAGCCGCUGAAAAUUUCAAUUCCGCAAGCUUUCGAGGCUCAAACUAAAAAGCAAUUUUUAGUCUUGAAGAAUAAGGACGUGGUCCCUGUAAAUUUUGAUCCAAAAUCGAAAAUUCUACUCGAUUCUGCGUCAAUCGAAAAGAGGGUAAACGAUGUUAGUAGUAAAAAGCAAAGACAAAGUGGAGAAAUCAAGUCUCAGAUGGAAAAAGCCUUGCACAAAAAUAGUGAAAAGUCCAAGUUGCUCAAAAUAAAUGCUUCUAAUAGCAUUUUGUUAACUGCGAAUUAUAGUGAACCUGCUUUGAAACUAGCUGAUUUGUCAAAUCCACAAAAUCUUGGUGAAAAUAUAGCUUUGGAGAAUUUAAGAAUUAAAGCUGAAACGCCGAAUUCUUUCAAGUCGGAUUCUGAUUAUAAGGAUAAGUCCAGAUUGGGGAAAAUGAAAAUCACUUUAGGAAAGGAUAAGGGGAAGAUGAAUAAAAAGGAAAUAUAUGAGGGAGUUAUGAGAUCAAUAGACGAUGUGCGAUUAAGUGAUACUUUAGGCCUCGUUAAAUUUAUAAUGCACAGAUUGCCUCUUGUCACCGAAGACGCAUCCGUUCCAGAAUACAAAAGGUUGCAUCCUUAUGCUUGCAAAAGUGUAGAAGAAUUUUUAAGUUACAAUAUUGGAAAGCAGAGAGCCUAUGAGUGGCAAAGAGCGAAAGCAGUUAGAUCAUUAUUAAAAAAGAAAGUUUCCGAGGAUGAAUUAUGGAGUGUUAAGGAAUUAAUUAUCUGGGCCAGGCGGCACGCUUAUACUCCUAUUUCUUCAAUUACCACUGCUGAACAAUCUUCGGCAAAAGAAGCAGCGAACCCCCUGAAAUCUGGUGAAUCCAUUUUAUCCACAGCCACGGAACCUGUCGAACUCAAUAAAUGGCUGUCACAAUCUAGCAAAAAUGUUCAAGGAGGUAAUCCCGGUUCUGAGUCGGAUGAGGAAAUUGAUGUUGUUUCGGAAGAGAAACCAAAUGAAAAUCACAGAGUUAAUGACGUCGAAACAUCGGACGAAGCUUUGAUUUUGGAUUUGCCUCCGGAAUCAGAGUCACUUUUUACGUUUGUUAACGAUACCGCUAGGGAAAUUGGAAUUAAAUUAACGGAUGAGGAAAUUAUUCCAGAUGUUCGACACUGUGCCGCAAGUCAUGUAAUAAUGCGGGCGGUUCAAUGUUUUGUGGAUGACCUCAUCAGGUUAUCUCAUUCGAGAGCGAUAGACAGACUUGGAAAUAAAAAUAGAAACGUAGAAUCGAUAAACUUAGAAGAUGUGCGCGAGGCUCUUUUUAAUCGUGAGGAAUUCGAUAUUUUUACAAAUGCGGGACUAGGAACUCAGCCGAGUGGCGAAGAUUGACGAAAGGAAACUAGCAAAAUGAAAAUAAGACUAGUAAAGUUGAAAUCUUUGAAAAAUUAUCCUUUCGAAUUUUCAAAACAAGUUUUCGCUUUUUGAUUAUUUGCAAAUGCCAAAAACAUCAAAUAAACUGAAUUGGAUUAAUAGAGUCAAAGAAAAAGAAGUGGUUAAACCAUAGCCAAUGGGAAUAUUACAGCGAUUCGUAAUAGCUCAGCAAUUUUUCCGUUUUUAAUUUGAACAUCAUCGAGCAAGAGAAUAUUAUUUUAGGUACAAAUUUAGAUUUGUUUAAGUAUGUGCUUCCAAAUCUUUUAACAUUUAUUAUUUUUUUUACCGAUUUUGUAAAUAAUUCG